ACCUCUUCCACCCCAGCCAACCAUCCACUUCAAACACCAUCAACACAAAACUAGCACCCUACUCACACACCACACCCAUAAUAAAAUGGAAACCAAGGCUGACCAAGCCAGCAACCCGCCACAGGCCGAAGCUGAGCAGCAGGAUGACGCAACACUGGCUCUGGACCUCCGGAUCAGACUGCUCGAGUGUGUCUUCGCUGGGGCUUUGCCGAGCUCGGAUGCGUUCACGAACCGGUUGUCGAGCGAGGCAGCGAGCAAGAAGUCACUGGCCCUCCGUCUGGAACGUGUCCUGGGUCAGCUGACUACCAUCCUCGGCACCAAGCCCAACGAAGCCAUCCGUCGGUUCGUUCAAAGCUAUGACCUCAAUGAACCUCUCUUACACCUCCCCAAUCCCCUCUCUUCUAAUAAAGAAGCCGAGCCACUCUCGAUUAGUGAGAAAGCCAGCUUAGUCUUCGAGGCCGAUGCCGAGAUUGUCCAGUUGGAACGGGACUUGCGAGAGAUCGAGCUUCUCGACAAUCGGGGCUUCGUUGGCGCCGGCAAACUCGCCGAUGGUGAUUGGUCCGAGGAAGAACUGGUCACCUCGGUCAUAGGCCCUCUCCAAGAAUCCAAGACGACGAUCGACGAACUCGAGCAGCGAGCCACGACACUCAUGUCAAGAUAUGAUUCUUAUGUCAACUCGCUCUCCGAGAUCUUUGUCUCCUGGGAUUCUAUCCUGACCACUCUGGAGGAAGACAUUCACAAACUCCAAAUCGCCAAAGCGUCCUGAUGAGUCUUUUUUUGAAUCAAGCCAAUAUUUUAUUCCAUGUUGUUGUACAUCGACAUCCUUUAUUUAUUUUUCCCCGUUGGUACAUGCCAAUUUUCAAGAUAAUUUUUUUUUGUCUCCAGUUUCCAACCAGCCUUUUUUUCUUCAAUCUCAAGUUUUCAAGAGUUUGUCUGAUGAUGGAAAUGGAAAUUAACCCAGGUGGAAAUUUUUUCCCACC